AUGGCUGGCUUGAGGGUGGACUUUGGUGUGCUUUUGGAGCCUCUGGGCUUCAUUAAGGUCCUUGAGUGGAUUUUUUCCAUCUUUGCUUUUGCCACAUGUGGAGGCUUUCAAGGCGAAACUACCCUUCUAGUUUCCUGCAAAGGUGUGGUAAACAGAACAGUUACAGCUGCUUUUGCUUAUCCAUUCAGGUUGAACACUGUUGUAUUUAGUGCACCAAACCCAAAACGCUGCGGUGGUACUUGGACUGACGUCUAUCUCGUGGGCAACUUCUCCUCUUCUGCACAGUUCUUUGUUACGCUCGCAGUGUUGGUAUUCCUCUACUGCAUUGCUGCCCUUGUGGUAUAUAUUGGAUAUAAGCAUGUGUAUCAGCAAAACAGCAAGUUUCCCCUAACUGACUUGACUAUCACUGUCAUCACAGCUUUUCUGUGGCUGGUCAGUACUUUUGCUUGGGGAAAGGCACUUGCUGACAUCAAAAUAUCCACAGGGGCCAGCAUUAUUCCAGGAAUUGAGUCCUGUAAAGCACCAGGAACAACUUGUCAUUUUGCUUCUGUGACCAGGAUGGGAGCUCUGAAUGUGUCUGUGGUGUUUGGCUUACUUAAUAUGGUUUUAUGGGGAGGAAAUAUUUGGUUUGUAUACAAGGACACCAACCUGCACAACCAAUCAAGCAGAAUUUCUCAAAGUCCAGGAACAUAUCCAACUCAAAGACGAGUAUAA